AUGGAUAGUCCGUUUGAUCGCGAGGAUGGCGAUGAUCUGGUGGAUUGGGAGCAGAGCGACACGGAGAUGCAGGAUGGGACGCCUGCUACGUGUGAGAGCGUGGAGCUGGGCGGAACGGAUAGGAUGGACUCGGUAGAGGCUACAGGGCGUAUGGCCCGUGUACGGAGUAAGCCCCGAGGAAAGCGCGGGCAGUGUUUCCCUCGACACCGUGAGAGUGUCGGAGCCAAGGGGCUCUGGGUCCACAUGGAGGGGGACUGCUGGCAGCAGACUCGGGUGCUGCUUUUGGCACAUAGGUGCUGUGCCAAACGGGAGUUUUGGAAAGAACGAAGGGUGAGAACCGGACUGGAAGGCCAGGGUGUGGCCGUCAGCGGAGAGCUGUUCGGAGUGGUGGACGGAGACGCCGGUUGCCCGCGCUGGGCAGAUAUGCGCCGGUGGCUGAGAGCGCAGGAGGCGGCUGUGGUGACGAAGGAUGUGUAUUCCGUGCAGGCCUAG